UCUCGGUUGUUGUCAGCAGUCUUCUUAUCACGCUGGGGGCGUUGUGCUCACAGAUCAGUCAUCAUGGUGUCCACUCUGCCUCCUGAGACAGCAGAACGCAGGCUGCCAUUUUCCAUCGACUGGAUUCUGGGUUUGGAGCUGGAAAGACCUGGAAACUGCCUGAAACUCCACCGACCAUGGGCAGAGAUCAGGGCACAAAAGGAGAACAGAGAGAACAGUCUCUCUUCUAAACAACAACGCUGUGGUGAACAACAACAACAGCAGCAACAUCCACAGCUGGACAAACCGACAUCAAACUGGUAUAUUGGGCGCAGACCUCGCACCGCCUUCACCAACAGUCAGGUGAACAUGCUGGAGACAGUGUUUCAGGUGAACUGUUAUCCAGGUAUCCAGCUGAGAGAGCAGCUGGCAGGAAGGCUCGACCUGGACGAGGACAGAAUACAGAUCUGGUUUCAGAACCGAAGGGCUAAACUGAGACGUUCCCUCAGAGAAUCCCGCCUGCGAGUGGUCCAGACGGCCGUGGCUGACCUCCGGGUCAGACAUGAGAUAAUAGAUCAACUGCAGGCUGAGCGAGCUGUGCAAGGUGACCUGGAGCUCGCCCAGCAGUUCACCUCACAUCUCCAGCAUGAGGUUGAGGAGUGAUGCUGAUGACUUGAGGACUUUGGAUCUUGUGAAGGAUUUGCUGAUUUAUGUGUUCUGUAAAUUUACAGUUUCUUUCAACUUCUACCUUUCAUGUCCCAUGACAUUAAAUUGUAGUUUGCUCACAAACUCUCAUAAAACUGUGAUUAUUGCCACAUCCCAGUGGAUUGUUUUAGAUUGUUUCAUGUCUUUGAUUGUGAGGAUUUUAUAUUUACAUGAGAUAACCCCAAAACAGACAGUUCAUAAUACUGGGGAAGUGUGUGAGUCUGUUUUCCUGAGGAUUCAUCAGUAUGGACAUUAUUAUGGUGACGUCUGUUCUGGAUUGUGUUUUUUGUAUCAA